AUGGCCACGAGCUGGGUAAUCCGUCUCCCCAGAGAUGACUCGGAUCAAGACCCCUUCAUUCUCAAAAUCUCCCGCAAAGAGGAUGGACAAGACCUUGACCUUGACCUACUCGCAACGGACAACGUGAGGGCAUUCAGUGGAAAAGUCCAGCAGAAACGCCUCAAGAAAUUACAAGCGAAGAACUACGAUGGCACCGACGAUGAAUGGAGCAACAUCCUCUCCUAUACAUUCAUCUCCAAGCAAAAUUCUUCACUCGGCGCCACACAGAAGAAGAAUCUCGAAGUAAUCUGUUCCGCGUCAGGCAGGAAAAAAGAACCCCAUACCCUGUCCAUAACAUUCCGCUACAACAUCGAGGGCAUCAUCCAACGCCUGGGAGUCAUCGAACUUCCGGAGAUCGAAGACACCUCGGAGUUCGACAUCUUCGGAUGGACACUGCUCCUCCUCGAACAGCGAGAUAAACUGCAAGAGGAAGCCGCCGCACAGAAGGAUAAAGCCGACACCGAACAAGCGACAGAAGCGAAACUACAAAAACAACUCUCUGACCUGGUGGACGCCAAAGUCGAACAUGAGAAGCAGCUGCUAAGCAAAUUCUGCACGCUUCUGAAUGAGAAGAAGCUGAAGACGCGGAACAUGCAGAGGGUGUUGCAGACGGCGCAGGUCGAUCAGAAGAAACUGCGGGAUCUGGCUCCUUUGAUGGGUGAUGACGCCGAGGGCGGCACGAGGCACGGCACGAAGCGUCAAAAGGACGACGGAUCAGAUGCGGAGGAGGACGACGAAAGCGAUGGCUUCGAGUCCAUGGUCGUCGACAAGGCCACAGCGGAGGACGAGGACGAGAUUGAGAGUGAUGCAGAGUCUCCCAAUUCCCACGGCUCCCGGCGAUCGGCAAACCCCGGCUCGGACACCGCUUCAGAGGAAGAAGAUGAUCUCGACGACGCCCGUCCUGUCUCUCCCGCACCGCCACAGACCCGGUCUAUGGACAAAGCGGCUAGUAAAAAGGGCCAUUCUACGCCAUUGCCUCCUCCCCGGGAAUUGCCUUUCCAGCGAAAGGCCGCCGCCAAGCCGACAGUAGACAGAAAACAGCCUCCCAAGCAGCCUGAACGUGUUGCAUCCCCGGACGAUGAUGAUGAAGAAACUGCCAGUGAGGACGAUGAGUUAUGA